AUGGCCACUGCGAGAUCAAAGCCAAGUAAGUUCUACGACGUCGAGGCUGCUGGGCCCGACGAUGCAGACGACGAUGACGACGGCGUCGAUUCGCUGGACAUCGACGAGCACGGGAACUUGAAGGGCCUUAUCGCAGAUACCACUGACUCGAGCGAGGACGGUCGUGACGAGAGCAGGCCAAAAGCGGAGGUUCGAGUGCCACUCGUCAGCAUCCGUGGCACGGAGAACCCAAUAAUGGACCCCGCUGUUGCGGGGCCCCGGCGGCGGCUGCGCAGGAUCGUGGACUGCAGCGUAGAAGCUGCUAACAGCGGCGCUGCCAGCCGUGGGGAACCCUCUGCUUGCGUGCCUGACGGGCACGAUCCUGCCAGCGACAGCAAGGCUGGCAGCGCAGCAGCCGUUGGUGGCAUGCCUGGCGGUGGACACGGCCCUGGCACUCGCGCGACCUUUGGCGAACGGGCAGACGCUGCCAAUGGCUCCGCUGCCCAGCACAUGGCCGACGGCGGCGCCUCUCGCGCGGGCGCCGCGGCUGCGAGCCAACGGGCCGCUGGAGCGCCAGCGGACGCCAGAGGGCCAGCGUCUGGAGGGGCUGGUGCGGAGGCCCCCGCCGCUCCGGAGCGGACCGCGCCCGCGCUCUCGGCUGCCGCGGGUGCCGCCGGGGCACGGGGCGCCGCGGCAGCCCAAGAGAGCCUGGGCGAGCCAGGCGGUGCCCAGGCUGUGGGCGAGAGCGCCUCCGUACCCGUCGCGUGGGGUGCUCGCGCCAGCGCAGGGGUUUCGUCUGGCAUGCGCGCGUGGCGGCAGCUGCUGGAGGUGAGGGCGUCCCUGCAGGAUCCGCACCUCGCGAUGCUGUGGGCGCAGCUGUCGCUGUCGCGCGGGCAGAGGCAGCUGCUGGAGCAGCAGCAGCUCUGGCUGGACAGCUGUGCUGAACCUGCGCCAGAAGCGCAUGAGGGCACACUGCAGUGGCUCCGAGCAGCGCAAGCUCAGACGCUCAUGGUGCAGCGCAAGUUGGAGCAUCUCGUCGAAAUUCAGUUGGACCCGUCGUGGCAGCCACGGCCAGCCCAGCAGCCAGAGCUUUGGCCCUGUGCUCGGCAGCAGCAGCCGCAGCUGCCGUGGCGAUGGCAGCCGCAUAACCCGAAGCAGCCUCUGCCACUACCAACACAGCAGCCUCAGCAUCUGCAUCAGGGUCAACCAGUGCAGAUUCAUACACACGAGAUUCAGCAACCGCGGGAAUUUCAAGCAUCAAUGCAGUCGCAGCACCAGCAGCGUGAGGAUUGGCAGCAGAAGUAUCAGCAGCAGCAGCAAACAGACCACACGUGGCCCGCGCAGUCCGCCGCGCAAAGGCCAGAGCAGGCUCCAGAGCAGCGAACAUGGCACGCACAGUGGCAAUGGCGGCAUGGCGAGCCACAGCAGCCGCCGCGGCCGCUGCUGCAGGUGCAUGAGCAGGCACUGCCAGCAACGGCAUCGGCUGGAGCACGGCUGCCCACGCUUCCCUCCGGGAUAUCGACCGCAGUUGCGCCAACCAUUCCGCAGGAAACAGUUCCAGCCCCAGCGCUGGCCCCAGCGCCGCAGGGAGGGGUGCCUGGAGAAGGGUUUCACUUGGCGGCUGGCACACCAGGCUUCGCAACGGCCAGCGGCCGGAAAGUCGCGCUCGACCCGGCGAGGCUUCGGGCCGCACAGGCGUUGCUGGCGGCCGAUGGCACUGAAGAAGACCACGCCACUUCAAUUGCACGCUCAGGAGCAGGUACCACAACGGUGCCUGGCAUGGGGGCUGCGGCUGGGACGCCCACGGCGUCCGCCGCAGUGUGGCAGGGGCAGAUUGGCCAGCCCCAGCAGCCGCCACGGCCGCUGUUGCAGGUGCAUGAGCAGGCACGGCCAGCAACGGCAUCGGCUGGAGCGCGGCUUGCCGCGCUCCCCUCCGUGGCAUCGACCACAGCUGUGCCAACCAUUCCGCAGGAAACAGUUCCAGCCCCAGCGCUGGCCCCAGCGCCGCAGGGAGGGGUGCCUGGAGAAGGGUUUCACUUGGCGACUGGCACACCAGGCUUCGCAACGGCCAGCGGCCAGAAAGUCGCGCUCGACCCGGCGAGGCUUCGGGCCGCGCAGGCGUUGUUGGCGGCCGAUGGCACUGAAGAAGACCACGCCACUACAAUUGCACGCUCAGGAGCAGGUACCACAACGGUGCCUGGCAUGGGGGCUGCGGCUGGGACGCGCACAGCGUCCAGGGCAGUGUGGCAGGGGCAGAUUGGCCAGCCCCAGCAGCCGCCACGGCCGCUCUUGCAGGUGCAUGAGCAGGCACGGCCAGCAACGGCAUCGGCUGGAGCGCGGCUUGCCGCGCUCCCCUCCGUGGCAUCGACCACAGCUGUACCAACCACUCCGCAGGAAACAGUUCCAGCCCCAGCGCUGGCCCCAGCGCCGCAGGGAGGGGUGCCUGGAGAAGGGUUUCACUUGGCGGCUGGCACACCAGGCUUCGCAACGGCCAGCGGCCGGAAAGUCGCGCUCGACCCAGCGAGGCUUCGGGCCGCGCAGACGUUGCUGGCGGCCGAUGGCACUGAAGAAGACCACGCCACUACAAUUGCACGCUCAGGAGCAGGUACCACAACGGUGCCUUGCAGGGGGGCUGUGGCUGGGACGCCCGCAGCGUCCGCCGCAGUGUGGCAGGGGCAGAUUGGCCAGCCCCAGCAGCCGCCACGGCCGCUGUUGCAGGUGCAUGAGCAGGCACGGCCAGCAACGGCAUCGGCUGGAUCGCGGCUUGCCGCGCUCCCCUCCGUGGCAUCGACCCCAGUUGUGCCAACCACUCCGCAGGAAACGGUUCCAGCCCCAGCGCUGGCCCCAGCGCCGCAGGGAGGGGUGCCUGGAGAAGGGUUUCACUUGGCGGCUGGCACACCAGGGUUCGCAACGGCCAGCGGCCGGAAAGUCGUGCUCGACCCGGCGAGGCUUCGGGCCGCGCAGGCGUUGCUGGCGGCCGAUGGCACUGAAGAAGACCACGCCACUUCAAUGGCGAGCGCAGCGGUGGGUACCACAACGGUGCCUGGCAUGGGGGCUGCGGCUGGGGCGCCAGGAGGGUGCGCCGCAGGCAUGGCUUCCUGCACGGCAACGGCAGGGUGGCCAGGCGCACCAGAGCCAAGACUACAAGGCUGUACGGUGGCCAGCGGCUUCGCGACUGCAGACGGACGAGGCCUGCAUCUCGACGCCGCGAAGCUGCAGGCUGCACAGGCCCUGUUGGCCGACGCCGAGGGGCCCGUAGCCACGGCAGCGUCAGCUGCAACAGCGCCGCAAUUGGCGACGGUGCCAGCAGCCACCCUGGCCGCACCGCCAGUUGUGACCGAGGAAGCGACCGCGGCCACGACCAGGGCGAGCUCCGCGCCGCGCGCCGAUGCAGGCGCCGCCCCGAGCAGCGGCGACGGCGACCAGGCGGAGCCAGCCGCAGUCGGGGCGGCGGCCUCCUUGCGCACGGCAGCGGGCAGGCCGGUGGAACUGGGCACCACCGCGCUGAGACGGGCGCAGCUGCUGCUGGCGGAGAAGGGCGACGAGGACAUUCCUGGAAGUUGCGCCGACGGGGCUGCUGGAGGCGUCGCCGCACUGGCGGCCCAGGGCGUGCCGUUCCCGCCUGCCGGUGAGGGCCGGUUCGGAGGCGCCGUGCUGCCCUCCGAGAUGAUCUCCGACAUGCAGCGCUGCGGGCGGGCCGAAGGCGACCAGGGCUCCCUGGAUGGCGCAGUGCGGAAGAGAGCCGCGGCGGCACGCCAGGCCAUGGGGGAUCUGCUCGAGGAGCUCAACGCUGACAGCUGCGUCCUGGAGAGCCCGCACCAGCCGGACGCGCGAGCCGCUGCGGGCGCCAGCAAUCUCAGCAAUCGGCCGGUCGCACAGCUUGUGAGCACGCGAGAUGCGGUGUUCGCCCAGUUUCGGCGAGCGGUCGAGGCGUCGCCAGAAGCUCCCGCUCCCGAAGCGGCCGAGGGCGGCCUCGCGCGCUUCGGGCGCGCAUGGCUGGAGCACCACUGGCGGCAGCUGGCCCUGGUCGCCGCGCUGGCAGCGCAGCGGGAGCAGCCGCGCACACCGGCCAGUCGCGAGUCCAUCGUCACAGAGCUCGUUCGGAGGUGCAGGAGAGAGCUCGCGGGCCGAUGCUCCGCCCUUCACCGCGCCUGUGUCGCCGGAGGCGGCGGCCUGGGCUCCCUGCACCUGGUGCUCCUGUGCGCGUCGGUUGCGCCCGCGUCGGCGGGGGCUCCUGCACGCGCCGAGCUCAGCGACGGGUUCUACUCUGUCUCCGUGGAGCUGGACGCCCGGUCCCAGAUCCGUGCGGGGCGCACCGUCCACGUCUGCGGCGGCACCGUCGAGGGCCUGCCCGAGUGCGGCUGCCACCCCCUCGAGCAGCCGGCGGCCGCCUGCCUGCGGGUACCGCCGAACGCCUGGCGGCCCGCGUCGAGCGGCUGCCGCCUCGGGCCGCAGCGCCGCCCCUUCCCCGCCGCCCGCCUGGCAGACGUGCGCCCGGGCGGCGGCGACGUGCCGCUCGUGGACGUCGUCGUGCUCCGCGUGCUGCCCUGCACGUACCGCUCCUUCGGGGUGCGCGGCGGCACCGCGGCGGCCGAGCGGACCAGCUCGCAGGAGCUGGCGCACUGCGAGGCGCUGGCGGCAGGGGCCCUGAGCGGCGCCGAGGCGGCGGUGCGCGAGCUCGCUGGCGCGGGCGCCGACGAGGCGGCGCAGGUGGCGCUGGCGGAGCGGCUGCGGGCCGAGGCGCAGGCCCGCGUGGCUGCGGAGGCGGGCUCGCCGCACCUGCCGGUGCUGGUGGUGGACGCGCAGGCGGUGGCGGGGCCCUCGCCCAGCUGGUGGGGCUCCGUGGCGGUGCUCACGCUGCGGGGCGCCUCCGAAGAGGUGGGCCCCGCGCCGCUGGACCGGCUACGCGUGACCAGCGCGGGCGUGGCCAGGAGUGGCGCCGGCGGCCUGCUGAGGCUCUUCUGCGGCCCAGCGUCGCGGAUGCAGCACAGGCCCCGCGCCCGCAGCUCCGCUGCGCCCCCAGGCCUCCCGCUGGCCGCCUUCCUGGGCGGGCCCUUCGGCGCCAGCGGCGGCCCGCCGGCCCUGGGCGCGGGCGGCGACCCGCCGCCGCCCAGGGAGCUGCGCGGCCUCUUCUGCGACCUGGCCGGCGCGCCGCUGCGCGGCGGCGCCGCGGAGGCGGGGGCAUGCAGGGGCGGCGGCUGGCGUGCGUUCCUGCCGCUCUGGCUGCUGGCGCCGGGCGGGCGCCUGUGCCGCGUCCUCGUGGAGGAGUGGGCCGAGGACGCCGCCAGGGCGCGGGGCGCGCUGGGGCGCGCCGCCGCGGCGUUCGGCGCCGCAUGCGCGGACGAGGCUGCGCUCCUGGUCCAGAACGUGACGUUUGCAUGGUACGACCCGCAGCGGCAGGUUGUGAAUUUCCGGGCGCGCCGGCUGCACCUCCGCCUCGCGCGCAACCCCACGUCGUUGGACGCGCAGAGGGCGAUGGGGUCGCUCUGCUUCUCGGCUGGGGAGCUCGAGAGGUGGCGGGCGCUGCUGGAGUCGGGCUUCCCCGCGUGA